AUGGAAGCUGGCCAUUCGACCCAACAGCACUCAAAUCUGGCAGUGCUGUACCCUCGCUCAAAGUCUCUGCAAACCAACAUCGUCGAGUUCUUCACUGUUGUCGUACGGAUAUGUCUUCGUUUCCAUCAGUAUACCCAGAAAUCCGCACUGGCCAGGUUCGCAUCUUCACUCGAUGAUAGCGAUAUCAAAGAACUGCGAUCAAGUCUCAUAGCUUGGUCGAAGUCGAUUCAAGAAGAGAUCACGACCCUUGUCGCACAAACGGUAGAAACAGAAGCUGAGAGCAAUUCGCGGUUCAGAGCACUGAUGAGCUUGAAUGUUAAAAAGACUUCUGAACAGCAAAGGCAGAUUGCUCUUCGAAAGAUUCGGAAAUGCUAUUCAACCUACGACUACGAGACCCCAUGGAGACAGAUCCGCAAAGCUGGGAACACCUGCCUAUACAAGGAGUUACCUCAGUACAACCAGUGGAUAGUGGCACCAGCCUCAAAGACCCUGAUUCUGGUUGAGAAACUUGGAUAUGGGAAAUCUGUCACGCUUGCGAAUAUUGUGGAUGAUCUCAACUUGCGCAUCGACCCCGAGGCUUGCGGACUCGCAUACUUCUUCUGUCGACACGAUAUUCCUGAAAGCAAACACGCAGAAACGAUCAUGGGCGCACUCUCGCGCCAGAUUAUCAGCCCACUCGAACAUCUCCUCGAUGAAUCUCAGGUUAUGGAUUUAGAUAGCCUUCCUCAGCCCCUUGGUCUAAUGCCUCACGUUGUCCCUUCUGGAUAUGUCCUGUAUAUCGUAGUCGACGGCCUGGAUAUAUGUUCCCCCUCAGAACGAAAGAGGGUCACAGCGCGAUUGGAACUUAUGGCGACGCAUUUUAACGUACAUCUCUGCAUUUCUCGCCGCCUGGAACCUGGAACCGAGCUGCAGUCUAUCGCUAAAGACUUUCCAAAAGCAACUAUUGCCCGGCUUCCCGAUAACGCUUCGGAUAUUGAAACAUACGUCGACGCGCAAUUAGAGGCCGCUUUAUUGGAAGAGAAGUUGGUCUUGGGUGAGCCCACUAUCAUUCUUGAGAUCACGAAUGCGCUAUUGGACGGCUCGCAACACAUGUUUCUGUGGGUUGCUCUUCAGAUUCAGUCGCUUUGCAUGAUGCAAACCGAUCACGACAUUCGAAAAGCGCUCGUCAAAUUGCCGCAAGAUCUUUCAGAGAUCUACAGUCAAAUACUGCAGCAAGCAAAGUGUGUUGACCAAGCACUACGAUCAAACAUAUUCAAGCUUAUAUUGGCUGCGAGACGGCCACUUACGCUUCCCGAAAUGCGAGAUGCACUGAGCGUCACCCCAGGCGACACUACGUGGGACCCCUCCAAGCUUCUCAACAGUAUAUAUCCGGCACUAGCAACCUGUGGGUGCCUUAUCACCGUCGACGAAGAGGAACAUACGAUACGUACAGUUCAUCCGAGUGUGGACCAGUUCUUGCUCCAAGACGAUUUCACCUCACCAGACAUAGUUCCCAGGGAUCAAUUCACAAUGGAGGACGCGCGGUCGCUAAUGUCAUCGAUAAUCAUCACCUACCUCGGCUACGGUAUCUUUGGCACGGAGCUUGCUGUUCGCCGGCCUGUAUUCAAUGUAGGAUCAGUGCCAGAUCGUGUCAUGGAGUCUACGAAACAUGGAGACAAUGAUGUUUUGGCUGCGACUCUGAAGAUGUUGCGGUCACGAAAGAAGACUAAAUUUGAUGCUUCGCACACCUUCGUUCCAAACCUCAGGUCACCUAGACCGCCGACCAUGGAUGACUUCCUCUUCCAACACUACGCAAAGCCGUACGCACUGCAACAUCUAUCAGACCUCCCUGCUGUAUCAUGCGCUACUGCAGAGAAUCUGUUGCGGAUGCUGAAAAAUGGCGCAAUGGCCGUUCAAACCGACGAAGAGGCCAUCGGAUUGCUAUGGCUCAUGCUCCAGCCGCCUGGAAGAGCAGACGUUGUUGAACUUCUCACGCAUCUUGACUUAAAGAUAGAGGAAGAUACAUCGGCAUUUUGGGCUGCUCCGGAGACUCUGUUUGGCCGGCUUUUCUAUUCGGCUAUAGCCAAUGGUCAUACACAAGCGAUCAAGUACCUGAUGGAUUUGUACCAUCUACUCAUCAACCGUCAGCUCGAUGGUAUCCAGCCAGGCGCGAAUUCUGCUUUCCCCGCACUUAUGGAAUUCUAUCUUCAACAUACAUUGAGAUCAAGGAAAUGUCGUGAAACGUCUACAAUGGUGUUCUUCCUUGGAGAUACUCCCUUAUGCCAUGCUAUUGAGCACUAUCAAGACCGCGCAUUGGAGAUUCUUAUGGGCUAUGAUGUCUUUGAUAUCAACAAAGGCGAAACCCUGAGGAAGAGGCCUAUCGGCGUUGCCGCAGAGCACCAGAACAUCGGGGCCUUGAAAAUUUUGCUCUCAGCAGAGCACAGAGGGAAAUUACAAAUGACGCUAGCGGAAGCCGAAGAGUUAACGGAUCUAGUCGCGCCUAUAGAAGACGACUCUAUUCCUUCGUUGCUAAACUGCAUCAAAGCGGUGCAUCCGAAUGCAUCUCUUGCAAGUGGUAGACGGCGCUAG